GUGAUAAAUAUUCUGUCGUCAACUUGUCUUAACGGUACAGAAAUAGGUAGCUAAAAGCGUUUGUAAUGAUUAAAGUGAAACUAAAGCAGAACCAACUUAAAAAUAGUACUGUAUGAAAACUAUUUGUCAGGAAGGUUUUAGAUUUCUAUCUUAUCAGCAUGGAAGGAAUAUUGAUUUACUUUUGAAAAUGAUGUAAUUCUUCGAUGCUUAGUGUUUAUUCAAGACACAUUUAAAUGAGCUGGAAUCCUUUAAGAAAAUUACAGAGGCAUGGAUCCAAAUCUUAUCUCAUGCAAAGGGAUGAGAUAGCGCUUGAGAAGCAUGUUACCAAGAUUGACCAACUGGAGAACACAACUAAAAAAUUAUAUAAAGAUGCUAAGAAAUAUGAAGAUUGCAUAUUGGAUGUUAAUCGCUCAGAAAAAAAGAUGACAUCUGAUUUAUCUAAUAGCUUACUGUGUCAUGACGAGGCAAAAUUGAGGGAACUGGUAGAAGAAUGGCAUUCAUAUGUGUCUAAAGCUGGGGUAUUUGAUGAAGAUCUGGUAUUACUUACUCGCAAAACAAUUGUUGAACCUUUAAAAAAAUUUCAAGGAGCAUUUACAGAAACAAGAAGUGCUUUGAAAAAAAGAGAACAAGCAAUGCAGGAAUGUGCAAAAGCAAAAGAAAAAGUUCAAAAACUUCAAGGAAAAGAAAAAACUGGCCAGAAUUUGGUUAAACUUGAAGCGGCUAAGCAAAAUUUAGUGAACUUGGAGGAAGAUUUUCAAGCUUUAGAUAGAGUUCUAAAAUCAGAAUUGCCUUUAUUAUAUGAAGGUCGAAUAGAAUAUUUUCAACCUUGUUUGGAAGCAUUAAUUAAAGCUCAGGUCGAACACAGUGGUAAUUCUGCAAAAUUGUUUACUGAAACCAUUCCAAGUUUAAAAGAUUUUAACUAUUCUGAAAUGGAGCUGAGACAAGUGCAAAAUCAAAGAUUUUCUUUGAUUCAUUCAUUAUCAAUUGUUGGCGAUAAUUAAUAUCAUUUAAUUUGUAUGUGUGUUAAAAAUAAAUAUUUUUAUUUGUAA